AUUGUAGUCUGUGCGGCCUUAAAAUGUCACAAAAUAGCGUAAGUGCCUCGUGGGUCGUGGCACCAAUGACUAUAAAGUGCACACAAUUCCUUCCUGUAUAACGAAAUAUCCCCUGUAUCUCAUCGGAGUCACGUCAUGAGCACAAUGACUCAACGCACCAAUGACAAGCCACCGGGACCUAUCCGUCGUAGAUUGAGGCUUCUUGAGAAAGCUGUGCAAUUUUUAUCGCGCCUAGACGGUCGAGGGCCUCACCCGAUACACGAGGUGUCCCUAAACACUUCAUUCCAUUCACUUCCGUUAAGUCAGGAACAAAGCCCUUCCAUCCAUUCAACACUUGAUUUCCAUUCAAUACUUGAUUUUCACUCAACCCUUGAAAUGCCUGACGAGCAACUCGCCCUCAUCAUCCCAGCUAAGCAAACGACGUUUGCUGUCGCUAGCCGCAAAAUACCUAAGCCAGGUCCUGGCGAAGUCCUCGUCAAACUUCAGGCUACUGCGCUCAACCCUCUCGAUGCGAAGGUCCACAGAGAUGGCACAUUCGUCGAUAGCUAUCCCGCAGUGCUAGGCACCGAUGGUGCUGGCAUCGUUGAAGAAAUCGGAGAAGGCGUUACAAAAUUCGAUCUAGGGGAAAGAAUAUUCUUCCAUGGUGCCUUCGACGAUAACGAUUUGGCAACCUUCCAGCAGUUUUGUGUAGUCACGACUGACUUCGCAGCUAAGGUCCCGAGAAGCUUAUCGCUUGACCAGGCGAGUACUAUUGCAUGCGGACUUGGCACAGCCGCGAUCGGGAUGUACGGUACCACCAAUGGUAUCGGUCUUAUUCCGCCUUGGGACCGCGGUGGAUGGUCCAAGUACAAAGGUUGGCCCAUCUUGAUCCUCGGUGGUGCUGGUUCUGUGGGCAACUACGUUAUCCAACUUGCGAAGCUGUCGGGCUUCUCACCUAUCAUUACCACUGCCUCGCUAAAGCACACGGAACAUCUCAAGAGUCUCGGAGCAAACCAUGUCAUAGACAGAUAUCUUCCACUACCAGCACUAAAACAGGCCGUGAUGAAAAUCACGGGCUCUCGCAUACAUAUCAUGUACGAUUCGAUAUCCACGGCAGAGACACAGCAGGCUGCUUGGUCGUUGCUUGCGCCCGGGGGAAAGCUUGCCGUCACACAGCCACCCUUGAUCAGCAGAGACAGCUAUGACAGCAGGCAGGUGGUUCCUGUAGACGGAAGCCCGCAAUCAGAUGAGAACUGGGAAACGGGGAAGAGGCUGUGGGCUCAUCUUGAGAGAUGGGUCGAAGACGGUCAUAUACAACCAAACAACGUUGAUCUAUUACCUGGCGGGCUGCGUGCAAUACCAGAAGCACUCGAGAGAUUCAACGCUGGGAAGGUAGACGGGGUGAAAAUGGUAGUUCGGCCGCAAGAAACUUGAAAAUUUUGCACGGUAGAUAGCAUGGACCAUCCAUAUAUGAUCAUUAUUUUAUCUAGAUACCCUUCAUUUCUUUGUCAAUAUGAAUUGCUUCUUGCAUGCGUCAGCAUUUGAAAU